CGGGCCGCGCCUCCCUGCUGCAGCCCAUUCCUGUCAGCGCCGCGUCCCCGCCGCCGCCAGCUCGGGCCGGCAGGGUGGCAGCCGGAUCAUGGAAGCCGGGGAGCUCCGGGAGCCCCGCGAGCCCGGGCCGGGGGCAGAGACCGCGGCGUCCGGGUGCUGGGAGGAGACCAAGACUUUCUACGAAAACCUCGCUCCCAAGAAGAAACCCAAAUCGCCCAGGCCUCAGAAUGCUGUCACCAUUGCUGUGUCCUCCCGAGCCUUGUUCCGGAUGGACGAGGAGCAGCGCAUCUACACGGAGCAGGGUGUGGAGGAGUAUGUACGCUACCAGCUGGAGCACGAGAAUGAGCCCUUCAGCCCGGGGCCAGCCUUCCCUUUUGUGAAGGCUCUGGAGGCUGUGAACAGGAGGCUGCGGGAGCUGUACCCCGAUAGUGAGGACAUCUUUGAUAUCGUCCUCGUGACCAACAACCACGCUCAAGUGGGUGUCCGUCUGAUCAACAGUAUCAACCACUACGACCUGUUCAUUGAGCGGUUCUGCAUGACAGGUGGGAAUAGCCCCAUCUGCUACCUCAAGGCCUAUCACACCAACCUCUACUUGUCAGCUGAUGCGGAGAAAGUGCGGGAAGCCAUUGAUGAAGGGAUUGCAGCGGCCACCAUCUUCAGCCCCAGCAGGGACGUGGCUGUGUCCCAAAGCCAGCUGCGCGUGGCCUUCGAUGGGGAUGCUGUGCUUUUCUCGGAUGAGUCGGAACGCAUCGUCAAGGCCCAUGGGCUGGACAGGUUCUUUGAGCAUGAGAAGGCCCACGAGAACAAACCUUUGGCCCAGGGCCCCUUGAAGGGCUUUCUGGAGGCACUGGGUAGGCUGCAGAAGAAGUUCUACUCCAAGGGCCUGCGGCUGGAGUGCCCAAUCCGUACCUACUUGGUGACAGCACGCAGCGCAGCCAGCUCGGGGGCCCGGGCUCUCAAGACCCUGCGCAGCUGGGGCCUGGAGACGGAUGAGGCCUUGUUCCUUGCAGGAGCGCCCAAGGGCCCCCUCCUUGAGAAGAUCCGCCCACACAUCUUCUUCGAUGACCAGAUGUUCCACGUAGCCGGGGCUCAGGAGAUGGGCACGGUGGCCGCCCAUGUGCCUUAUGGUGUGGCCCAGAAGCCCCGGCCACCUGCCCCUCUGAAGCCAGCCCCAGCUGCGCAGUGAGCCUCCAGCUUCACUGACUUGCAGGGCUGCAGGCACGGAUCCCUAUCUGUAUUCCACCCCAACGUCCAGUGGACCCUUCUAGUUCCUCACCGCUCUGUCCUUCUGCACGUCUGCCCUCAUCCCCACGAGUGAGGAACUUGUAGGGAAUUAUGCAGACUGACCCAGCACCCUCCAGAGCCCUCCUACAGGGCAAACACUGUGCCACGAUUCCGGCUGGAAGAGUAAGAUUGCAGAGUAGCUUGGUUUCGGGGGAGGAGGAGGGUGGGUUGAUGGGAAUGAGGGUGACAGUGUCAGAGGAGCCAGGCUGCCUCCAAGGGGGCUUGGGAUGAAGACUAGCUCAGUGCUGUGCAAAGAACUUGGCUUUGAGAGAGAAGGCAUCCGGCUUCCAAGCUCUGUGGCGGCGUGAACUGACGACCUGGGGUAAGUCCCUCCCUUUCAUGGGCCUCAGUUCUGGCAUCUUGUAGGUGGUUUUCCAUCUCUCUUGGAGCUGCACUGGCAUGGUUUAAUAAGAUUGCCUGGCCCAGGGCUGCUGCCA